CCUUUCUUCUUGCUAAUAUUAUUACUUUAUCGCUAACUGGCUCAAAAUGCUCACACAUUUAUGUCAAAAUCUUCCUCCUUUACCAGGUGUUCUAUUAUGCUAACCAAGUAUCUCCUUUUGAUAUAGGCUAUGGAGAUAUACAUGCAGUCAAUCUGAGAGAAAUGAUAUUCAUUAUGAUUUAUGUCUCUUUCGACAUGAUUCUUGGUGCAUACUUGAUCGGUAACAUGACAGCAUUGAUUGUCAAAGGAUCAAAGACAGUAAGAUAUAGGGAUAAAAUGACAGAUCUUAUUAAAUAUAUGAACAGAAAUAAACUCGGAAGGGACAUCCGUAAUCAAAUAAAAGGUCACUUGAGAUUACAAUAUGAAAGCAGCUACACUGAUGCUUCUGUUCUCCAAGAUAUCCCAAUCUCAAUUCGUGCCAAGAUAUCUGAGUCUUUAUAUAAGUCUUAUGUUGAAAAUGUUCCUCUAUUCAAGGGAUGCUCCUCAGAGUUCAUCAAUCAAAUUGUAACUAAGGUCCACGAGGAAUUUUUUUACCCAGGAGAAGUUAUAAUGGAACAGGGAAAUGUUGUGGAUCAACUCUAUUUUGUUUGUGAUGGUGUUCUGGAGGAGGUUGGCACUGGGUCAGAUGGAUCAGAGGAAACAGUCUCACUUCUGGAGACUAAUAGCCUAUUUGGAGAAAUUUCCAUUCUUUGCAACAUUCCUCAGCCAUAUACAGUUCGGGUUUGUGAAUUGUGUAGGCUCUUGCGGAUUGAUAGACAGUCUCUCUCCAAUAUUCUUGACAUAUAUUUUCAUGAUGGGCGAAAAAUAUUGACAAACUUAUUGGAGGGUAAAGAAUCUAGUCUUCGGGUGAAGCAACUGGAGUCAGAUAUCACCUUACAUGUCGAAAAACAGGAGGCUGAGCUUGCUUUGAGGGUGAACAGUGCGGCUUAUCAUGGUGAUUUGUAUCAAUUGAAAGGUCUGGUUCGGGCAGGAGCUGAUCCCAACAAGAAAGAUUAUGAUGGGAGAUCACCCUUGCAUCUUGCUGCAUCACGAGGUUACGAAGAUAUUGCUCUUUUUCUGAUACAAGAAGGUGUAGAUGUGAAUGCUGCAGAUAAUUUUGGAAAUACACCCUUAUUUGAAGCAAUCAAGGGUAGACACGACAGAGUUGCUGCAUUGCUUUCUAGAGAGGGGGCCUUGUUGAAGAUUGAGAAUUCUGGUAGUUUCUUAUGCACAUUGGUCGCAAGAGGAGAUACUGAUUUUCUCAGAAGACUUUUAUCCCAUGGAAUUGAUCCAAACUUCAAAGACUAUGAUCACCGAACCCCACUUCAUAUAGCUGCCACUCAUGGAUUAUAUUUGAUGGCAAAAUUGCUUUUGGAAGCGGGGGCAAGUGUUUUCUCAAGGGACAGAUGGGGAAACACCCCAGUAGACGAAGGGAAAAUGUGUGGAAACAAGAAUAUGAUUAGACUUCUGGAAGAAGCUAAAGCUGCCCAAUUAUCCAAGUUCCCUGAUUGCUCUCAAGAUGUCACAGAUAAAAUGCACCCAAAGAAGUGCACUGUGUUUCCUUUCCACCCAUGGGCUUCCAAGGAAGGUACAAAAUGUGGUCUUGUAAUGUGGAUUCCUCACAGCAUUGAGGAGCUAAUCAAAACAGCAUCAGAGCAACUGAAAUUUCCACAUGGCUCAUGUAUAUUAUCAGAAGAUGGAGGAAAAAUUCUUGAGGUCGAUAUGAUAAGUGAUGGCCAAAAGUUAUAUUUGGUUAAUGAAACAAAUUAAAUGUCACUCCCUUGUAUAUCAUUUAAAACACACGUUGCUUUCUUGAGUUUGGGAAUAUCGCAUUUCGUGUUUCUUGGGGGGGAGAAUCACUCGUUGUGGGACUUCGUUUAUGAGGUCCACUCUUCCCAAGACUCUAAUCCUUUGGUGGGAAAGUUUAGGUGAGAAGUCAUUUCCCUCGAACAUGAUUGUUAAUGAAUGUCUGUAAAGGUUGAAUCUGUAACAUUGAAAGAAGGGUGCUCUAUGCUCUAGUAUCGUUUUGAUUAGUAUGGUUUCCCUAUAUUGUACUAAUAUGUACAUAUAUCUAUAAUAUAUUAAAUAUCAAAUCAAGUGAGAAUCAUUUUUUGAA